UGGUGGAGAAGAGUGAUACUGUGGUGGAGAUAAUGAAUCGCCGAGGGAGAAUCAGUCCAGGAACUAGAGCCCCAGCAGAAGAGCGAAGUUGCUCCUGGCUGAACCCUUGGGUCUUCCUUGUUUCUGCCCUUGUCAUCAAAAUGGCCUUUGUAACCGUCUGUCUUGUUGUUUUCCUUCAUGGAAGCUAUGGCCAGUACAAGAUUCUGUUCCAGAACACUACAGAGUGGCGCUGCAUCCUCAACAUGUCUGCAGGAGAAAGUGAAGGCUGGACGUGCUGCCCAAAGGGCUGGAAACGCUUUCAAGAAAGCUGCUAUUACCUGUCAGAUGACAUGAUGUCCUGGGCUGAGAGUGAGCAGAACUGCACUGGGAUGGGGUCCCACCUGGUGGUGAUCGACAGCAGAGCUGAGCAGGAGUUCCUCUUCAACUUGGCAAAAGGAGUAUUUUCUAAUGCCUAUGAAACAAAAUACUACAUUGGCUUAACUUCUCACAAAAAUGGGCAGUGGCAGUGGGUGGAUCAGACUCCAUAUGAGAAGGCGGCCACGUUCUGGAAACCAGGGGAACCCAAUUUACUCUUUGCAGAAAAAUGUGCUGCAAUUCAUGUCAAGGGAAACAGAGACCCCAACACUUAUAGUAACUGGAAUAACGUCCUUUGCUUCACAAGUUGCUAUCGAAUUUGUGAACUGGCAGUGAAAUUUGUGUGA